GGAACUCUUGGGUUAUGGCUAAAAAACCGAGUCGCGAACUCUUCAAACGAACCGAAUCACUAAAGCAGAUUCUAUCUUGGACAGAGAGCGCGCGCCACAUCAAUAUAGAAUUCCAAGAACCCGAAACCCACAUAUUUGCUCAUAGAAAUGAAUUACUUUAUCUAUUUUGGAAAGAACACAUUAAUUAUCACAGCACAUAAAAUCUAAAUAAAAAACAGAAUGCGUUAUAUGCUUGAGUGCUUUGUUCUAUAUGCAGUAAUGAGCAGGACAGCUAAACAGAAACAUGGCCAUGUAAACAAAGCAGGCUGGACAGUGAAUUCAGCUCAGCAAGAGCUUUGAACAGAGCUGAUGUAUUUAAAGGGGAGGAUCACCUCUGAGCAUCUUUGCAAAGACAUUUAUUGACUUUACCAUAGUGUGAAGGUGGUGUUGUUGGCUGACGCUUUUAAACAUGUCGGUGCGGGAAUCUUUUAACCCGGAGAGUUAUGAACUCGACAAGAACUUCAGACUAACACGCUUCACAGAGCUCAAGGGAACGGGCUGCAAAGUUCCUCAAGAUGUGCUCCAGAAACUUCUAGAAUCCCUGCAGGAAAACCAUUAUCAGGAAGAUGAGCAGUUCCUUGGGGCUGUAAUGCCCAGGCUAGGUGUUGGUAUGGACACCUGUGUGAUUCCGUUGAGACAUGGAGGCUUGUCACUUGUGCAGACCACAGACUAUAUCUACCCCAUAGUGGACGACCCAUAUAUGAUGGGGAGAAUUGCUUGUGCCAAUGUGCUGAGUGACCUGUAUGCCAUGGGGGUAACGGAGUGCGAUAACAUGCUGAUGCUUCUUGGUGUCAGCAACAAACUCACAGAGAAGGAGCGUGAUAAGGUCAUGCCUCUGAUCAUCCAGGGGUUUAAGGAUGCAUCCGAGGAGGCGGGAACCUCCGUUACAGGAGGUCAGACUGUUAUAAAUCCUUGGAUAGUCCUGGGAGGCGUGGCCACAACAGUGUGCCAACCUAAUGAGUUCAUUAUGCCAGAUAAUGCAGUACCAGGGGACGUGCUGGUUCUCACCAAACCUCUAGGAACACAAGUGGCGGUCGCAGUGCACCAGUGGCUGGACAUUCCAGAGAAAUGGAAUAAGAUAAAGUUGGUCGUCUCUCAGGAGGAUGUUGAACUGGCUUAUCAGGAGGCCAUGCUGAACAUGGCUCGACUCAACAGAACAGCGGCCGGGCUGAUGCACACCUUCAAUGCACACGCAGCAACUGACAUAACAGGGUUUGGGAUCCUGGGUCACGCUCAGAAUCUGGCCCGGCAGCAGCGCACAGAGGUGUCCUUCGUCAUUCACAACUUGCCGGUUCUCGCCAAGAUGGCCGCUGUCAGCAAAGCUUGCGGCAACAUGUUUGGCCUUAUGCACGGCACCUGCCCGGAGACCUCAGGAGGUUUGCUGAUCUGUCUUCCACGUGAGCAAGCGGCCCGUUUUUGCGCCGAGAUCAAAUCUCCCAAGUACGGCGAGGGUCACCAGGCCUGGAUCAUCGGCAUCGUAGAGAAAGGCAACCGUACGGCACGCAUCAUCGACAAACCCCGCAUCAUCGAAGUCGCACCGCAAGUGGGCACACAGAAUGUCAACACCACCCCGGGAGCCACGUCUUAGACCUGACCCCGUGACCCCUGAGCGGCCCGAAUGGCUAGUGUACUCUAGCCUCAGCUGAAAAUAUAUCAAAGUAAUGAUAUAUAAAACGUCUGCCCACCUUGGCCUUCGGGGCAGAUUCCUCUACAUGGACACAGUUAUAAAGCAGAAGAACAUUUCACAAAGAAAAUUCAAUUGCCUUUUUAUGUCUAUAGUUUUCUGUUUCAUUAACCGAACAUGCACCUGAUUGUGAGGCAGCUUCCAAGUUGAACGAAUAAUUAAUAGUAUAAUACUUACCUGGCACUGUUGAUUACUUCCAAAUUUCUUCUGCUCACACAUCACCUGCGGUUUCAUACUUAGCCAUGGUGUGUUUUAGCCUUUCCUCUUAGUAUGCACAGCCCAUGUGGUAGUUCACAUCAUAAUCUUUGCCUCGAAAAAAUAGUUAAUGAAGCUGCAGUGACGAGGAAGAGUCGGGAAAAGAUUGCUUUUUUACUUUUGUAUUAUCCCUCGUUUGUCGGAUUAAAUAAUCCUCCAUCUCUGUUCGGUGGAAACGUUAGACUGAAGGAAUCCAAGGUAAUACCUCUCUAAUAAAUCAAGUCCUCGUAUUUUGGGAAAUGCACUCCUGCCUUUAAUGGAGGUGCUGAAGUUUCUCAAAGAAUGUGCUAAACAUU